AUGGAGAUGGAGCAUCUAUCAGGAGAGGAGUACAUAGCCUGCUACCCACAGGUCAACGGGUCUUGCAGGAGGCAGUACCGCUCCCGAUCUGAGUCCGUGUUUAUUUACACUCUGUUCUCCUCUGUGUCUCUGCUGACGGUGCUGCUAAACCUGCUGGUCCUCAUCUCCAUCUCCCACUUCAGGCAGCUCCACACCCCCACCAACGCCCUGGUCUUCUCCCUGGCUGUGGCCGACUUUCUGGUGGGUCUGCUGGUCAUGCCAGUGGAGGCCAUCCGCACCGUGGAGUCCUGCUGGUUCCUGGGGAGGGUGGUGUGUGCUCUGAAUCCUUAUUCUGCCUACGUACUCACCUCCGCCUCCCUGGGAAACCUGGUGCUCAUAUCUGUAGACCGCUACGUUGCUGUGUGUGAACCUCUCUUGUAUCCCUCCCAGGUCACCAUGAGGAGAACCUUAGUGUGUUGCACCAUCAACUGGGCUUGCUCUAUUCUCUACAAUGCUUGGCAACUUUUCCAGCACUUAAGUAACCCGGAUGCAAACAACAGGUGUUUUGGGGAAUGCGUAGUUGUCGUGAGUUACAUUAAUGGGAUGGUUGACAUUGUGGUUACAUUUAUUGCACCGUGCAGUAUCAUAAUAAUUCUCUACUUGAAAAUAUUUGUGGUGGCGAUGUCUCAAGCACGAAGUCUACAAGCCAGAGUGGGAUGUUCAAAAUCUUCUGGUGAAAAGACGAGGAGGUCUGAGAGAAAAGCAGCAAGAACUCUGGGCAUAGUUGUUGUGUUUUUUCUGUUGUGUUUUACACCAUAUUUCUGCUGGCCUUUUUCUAUAGAUAUUUCCUCCUUGCAUUUUCUUACUUGGAUCCUUCAGUUUAAUUCAUGUCUCAAUCCUCUGAUCUAUGCUAUCUUUUAUCCAUGGUUCAAAACAGCAAUUAAACAUAUCUUCACUCUGAAGAUACUGCAGACAUUGUCUUCUGAAUUCAAAGUUCUGUUGGAUUGA